AAGCCACGCAUAACUUAUCUCUCAAUUAUGAAUCUUUAUGCAAAAGGAUUUCCGAGUCCCUCAGCAAUCACAGGGAAACAAAGGGCUCGUAUCUCCCACCUCGUCAAAAUCAAAUGCAACAAUGGCGUUUUCCACAUUAAUUUCCCAUUUCUCUGAAUCCAUUCUCUGCCUCCUUAACCUCUUUCCAUAAAACAAGUCCCCAGAACUAAAAAACCCAAAAUGGAACUAUCAUCCAUGACUGCAAGCCCAAAACUUCCCCUCAGAAAUCCAACAGUGUCGGCCACAAACUCGACCACUUCAUCUUCAAUUAUCUUCCCUGUAUCCCAACAUCCGUUAACCUCUUCAGAGCCUUCGAACGCAGUCAGUGCAAAGCUAGAGUUGAAUUCCUACCUACGAAACAGCAAGACUAAUUUGGGAAGUAGCAGAGAGAGUAUCGGUGGCGUCGCUUAUCCCACCAUGAAUGAGAUAUUGAACUCUUCCAGAGCACAGAAACUAGACCUUGAGCUCAGAACGAUUGGACCCUUUUUCAGAAUCACAGCGAAAAGCUUGGAAACCCAGAAUGAGCUUGGGAGGGCUGAGGGUAUCAUAAGGGUCUGGCUAGGUGGGAAAGUUCUUCAUUUGGACUCCAUUAGAUUGCGAAGAGAAACGCUUGGGAUGGAGAAGUCGAUCUUUGGCAUUGGUUUGUUCAUUGGAGCUGUUGCAAUUAGAUAUGGCUAUGAUUGUGGUUGCAGAACAGCUGAAUUGCUGGCUAUCAACGACUCUGAUCUUUACCAUCGGAAGCUUGUUAGGUUCUAUACAAGAAUUGGUUUCAAGGCUGUGUACGAAGUAACAGGUUCAACGUUCGGAGACCUUGCUCAUAUGUUGGUCUGGGGAGGAAUCGGUACAAGAAUGGAUGCCAGCGUUGAAGAGCUUUUGAUAAAAUGGUGCACCAGGUUCAAACCUCUAAAGUGAUAACAGUUUAGCAGUCAAUUUUGUAAAAAAGCUAAGAUAGAAAUUUUUUUUACCUUGGGAUGAAAUUGAUUUGUUUGGUUAAUUGGUCUAAACAGUUCUUAGAUUUGCGCAUAAAUUUUAUUAACGAGAAGUUUUUCCCA